AUAGUUAUCCAUGCGAAACAUCACGAUCACGAUUUUACAAAGGAUUGAAAUUUGAUGCCAAAAAGGUUUAUAUAUGACAUAAUGUAUGCCGCAUACUUUCGGCUUGCUUUGGUCUUGGACGGUGCGUCGGAUAGAGUUUAUUUGAGUAUAGGAUUUCGUCCCGACAACACGGUGCUGUCAAUAUCAGCCUGCAAACAAGAUGAGGACUGUAGUGGUGUUAAUGUUGAUAGGAGUUAUUGGGCUUUGUGCCGCCCAUAUGCACGAGGGCCCCGAGCACGACUCGAGCGAGGAGGAUGAAGACCACCACUGUGAGUGCCGUCACCGCGGCCCACCGCCACCGCCGAAAGACGACAUGCCACUUCCAGAAGCCGAUGACAGCAAUGACAUGGACGAUGGCAUGAAGAUGCCGGACGAUUAUGAUCACAAAAACGAACGCUGUUGUCGGAAACACUGGCACAGGAAAGUCAUGAAGAUCGUCAUCGGUGCCGUUGCCGGAGUAGUUAUCGUCAUUGCUGCUGUCAUCACCGGCUGCUGCUGCUACCACAAGAGGUGCAAGAGGAGCAGGACAUGUCCGAACCAGAAAUACAAUUCUCCAAUGUACAGCAGGUUUGGCCUGUCCCCCGAGUUGGGUUACGUGAAGGAGCCACUUCCGGCCGGGGACCUGAUCACUACUGGCAGCCUGCCACCUACCUACACCACCAUGCCAAUGUACGGCGGAGGGCCGGGGGAGCUGAUCCUCAAGGCGCCACCAGCGUUCGCCACCGAGGAGAAGAAGACCGCCCUGCCGUAGGCUGAUAACCCCGGCUCACAGCGCUUUCCCGUCAUUCACUUGUUUGACAUUUUUCAAUAAAUUGUCCGAAAUUAAAUUAUGUCGGGCACUUGUCAGUCACGUGUCGGACACUUGUCAGUAAACAUCUUGUGUGCGUAUUACCUGAUUUUACGGAUUAUAUGGUUUCGAUUUAAAAUGUAGAUUCAUUUGUUUCUUCUUUACCGCUGGGCUGAAUAUUGCUUUACCACUCGCAUUGUUCAAAAAAGUGUUUUUUAUGUGACGUAUAUUUUGUUAUACACUGGUUGUAUACUUAGCAUGAACCGUUGUGUGUAUUUAAAUGUAAAUAUUUUCUAUAAAACCUUUUUUUAUUUUUGAAAAUGUUUCAGUUCUUUUGUUUUUCAUUUUUGAAAAUCUUUCAGUAGUUUAGUUUUUUUUUCUUUUGUACCCGAAUAAAAAAUAUUUUUUCGUA